GCUACAACUGACUCCCUAUAAUUGUAAUAUUUGGCAUUGCAAAUGCUAUGGUGUUUUUAAUGAGCAAGACUGAAGAUAGUGACUUCCCCUUUGCCAGACAGAUACAAAGCAUUGGAUGGGCUGAGCGUUGUUUGCUGCUGACUUCCUCGAAAUUACAGGCAAAUCAACAAGAAACACUGCAUCCUUUGCAAGCGGUUGGUCAUUUUCUCUGCUCUCAAUCUCUCUAUAAAUACUUUGGAUUAUGGAAAGAAUGACUCUUUGAUAAAAACUACUUUAUACAAUUGCUCAGGGAAUUCUUGAUCAGAUAAUGGGAGAAGAAACCGAAAAACUGGAGGCCGUAAAAAACAUUUGUGAUAUCAGUGAAAUUCAGCUACAAAAAAGAAGGAAAUACUGUGACGCCAUUGAAACAACUCCAGUUGAAGAAACCCCUCCUUCAGUUUAUCUGAACAAAAGAAGGCCCGCAAGCGCUCUAGAGCCUGGCAACAAAGAACUCGAUGCAGAGCUAUACGAAUUUGUUCAACGUUUCAAAAGUGGAAAAACAGAUAGGAUUAAUUGGAAGAAAUGCUUUGAACAAGGCCAUCUUGAAAAGAUAAGCUCAAUCAAGCAAUUCAACAGCAGUGAGAGUUUACGCUCCCAUUAUAAUAGGAAUUUCAAAUAA